AAAAAACAAUAUAUGGUCACCUUAUAUACAAUCAUGCAUGUCGCACAUAUUUACCUUUAGGUAUCUUUGUUUAUUUAAAAUAUAAACAAACUAUUUAAUUUGGUAAGGUAAAAAGCUAUUAUCAUUGUGAAACAAAAAGAGAAAGAAAAAACAAAAAUUAAAAUAAAUAACACAUGAAAAACACAAUUGCGAAAUUUUAUUCGCAUGUCCUUUUCACCACAUACACCCAAAUACCUUCCUCUCUUAUUCUACUCGUCAUCGGUGGUAGGUAGGUAUCUCUACUUCUACAGUAGUGCGGUUUGGUAUGGCGAUGGCGAAUAACGCUACCACAACCGGAAACAACACCCGGAUCAUAAUCAUUGCUAAAAACUAGCAUAGUACGACGAACACAGAGAGCAAACCCGAAAAAAUAUAUUCACAUUCCCUUCUUCUCUGGUUCUAUAAAACUGAAAAAAAAAAAAAUAGUACACAAGCAUAAAUCCCAUCAACAUCGUCCUUGUUGUCGUCGUCGUCAUCAUCAUCGUCAUCGUUGCCAUCUACCAUGAAAAUCGAAACCAUACCAUAACACUCAUACAACUUAAUAAUAAGGAAAGAAAUGCUGCUGUGUGUACACAUCAGCAGGACACGAUUUCAAAAACUAUACACUCUUUCAUCCUGUGCCGUGCCGACUACUCUACGACUAGCAACGUUAUACCAGUCCAGCCAGCAGCAGCAGAAGCAGAAGCAGAACCAGCACCAGCAGCAACCACGACACGACGAACAGCACAAGAACAAAACACAAACCUAUAGCAAAAGGACAAAAGCAAAAACAAAAUAAAAAGAAAUAAAAUAAAAGAAAAAACUACUACUACUAAAAAAAGGAUAUGGGUAUAUUUCGAAUUCGGUUGCUCCACUUGACUAACGAUAUUUCAGUUAGUUAGUUGAUGGUUACGAAACGUCGUUACAAGUAACCCCAAAGACCGUUAAAUGUAAAAAUUUUUCAAAAAAAGCAACACAAAAAUAAAAAUAGCAAAUGACAGUUGUUUGAAGGUGAUGGUGGUGAUGUGUCAAGUGAAUAUGUGCGCUCUUCAAAUGAAUUCAAAAUGAACUCUCCGUCUCUGCUCUGCGCUUAGUGCGUGCAGAGAAAGUGCAAGUGAUGUUUUGAAAAAUCUAAAAUUUUAUACUUGAAAAAGAAAAUAGAAAAUUUAACAAUAGUUAAAAUGUGACUACUUUUUUGAAAGGAUUUUAAUAUUUUAAAUAAAAAAAUAACGAUGACGCUUGCUCGAUGUGUACCAACCCUACGCAUUGUGACAUUGUGAUGGUAGAUCCUUAAAUGAGUCAUAUUCAAAACAGAUAAAUGCUUUUUUGAACGACGGUUUUUGAAUUUUUACUUAUACCUAUUUACAUUUGAAAUUGCAACUGUUGCUGAUGCGCGUUCAAAACCCAACAUCAUAUGUGUGGUGUGUGCCUGUGCACUUCUUGUUUCUAGUGAACGUCCUGACUUAAGUCUGUGAUUCUAAAAAUAAAGUUUCAACGGUCUUUCAAAAUUAAAAUCUGUAAUAUAAAAUUAUAAAAUACAAAAUUGCUUUUUUUGAAGAGAUGCUAAAUCUAUGUACCUACUUUACCCUCAUAUAAUUAAUCAGUGCACAAAAUUUUAAACCAAAAAAUAAAACAAAAUCAAAAACAACAACAACAACAAUUUUUGACACUUUUUUAUAAUAUUGCAACAGUUGCUUGCGCGCUUUUGAUAUUCCAAUGCAUUUUUGAAAAUUGUUUUUGUUUAGAUAUAAAAAAAUAUUAAAUAAUGCUUAGUACUAAAUUAUAUACUCGCUUAAUAGUGUUCAAAAAGUAAAUUCAUAAGAAACUGUGAUAAAUUAGUGGCUUUCCAGUAUUUUUGGAACAAUUUUUCGGUUUUGCUAAAAUAUAAAAUUUAGGUUUAAGAAACAAAUAAAAACAAAACAAAAAUAUAUAAUUAUUAAAUCAAAAUAUAAAAUAUUAAAAAGAAAUAAUGGGUGCCCCUGGUUGUGGAACUUGUGAAUGUUGCAGUAGUUGCACUUCAACAACAGCAACCAGUCAAAGACAGGCGCGCCAACAGCAACAUGCAACCAAUGCUGACCAACAGAAUAACAACAAUGCUGAUGCUGUUCCUCAACAUAUCCCAGCUCAACCACCAUCACAACAACAACAACAAUUAAAUCAACCCCAACAACAGCACCAACAACAACAACAACAACAACGUGAAUCAAAUUUGCUAAAUAAUAACCAUAUCUAUGUGAAUCCAAAUUCAUAUGACCUCAACACUAACAUUACCACUACCACCAAUAUACCGAUUAUCAUAGACGAAAAUCAGUUGAACAAUAAUCACCUUAGCCGUCAAUUGACUUCGACCACCUUGAAUACCCUGAAUACAUAUCAGUUCCCUUGCGAAAAGGGGGCCGGGACUGGGAGCAUUGCAACAGACCUUGACAGCAAUUUCAGCCAGUAUGACGAUUGGGCUGGGGGUGGUGUCGGUGUCGGUGGUGCUGGAGGUCGUGGGACCGAGAAAAAGAAGCGCAGACUUUUUGGCACCGUUGGUGGUGGUCGCAAGAAAGGAACAACGGCGACAACGGUCGGUAAACAAGGCACCAUAAAGGAGCAAACGCCCAAGGAGAAAAAGGCGGCAAAAAAGUCAUCAGGGCCGCCACCGAGUAGCAUGCGCGCACAGGCAGGUGGCGGUGGCGGUAAGCAGUUGGACGAUCCUUUGAUGCAGCGGCCCAGACGACAUAAGUCAUCGUCAAAGAAAAAGGAUUCAAUGGAAAAGUCUUUACCCAAAUUGAGCAGUCAAGACGAAGAAGGGGGGGCUGGUCAUGGAUUCAGCGCAGGACCUCAGCACUUUGAACCCAUUCCUCAUGACCACGAUUUUUGUGAAAGAGUCGUAAUAAAUGUAAGCGGGUUGAGGUUUGAAACACAACUACGAACGUUGAAUCAAUUCCCUGAUACGCUGUUAGGGGAUCCAGCUCGGAGAUUACGGUACUUUGACCCGCUAAGAAAUGAAUAUUUUUUUGACCGUAGUCGGCCGAGCUUCGAUGCAAUUUUAUACUACUAUCAAAGCGGUGGUCGGCUGCGAAGGCCGGUCAAUGUCCCUUUAGAUGUAUUUAGUGAAGAAAUUAAAUUUUAUGAAUUAGGUGAUCAAGCAAUUAAUAAAUUCAGAGAGGAUGAAGGCUUUAUUAAGGAGGAAGAAAGACCCCUGCCGGAUAAUGAGAAUCAAAGAAAAGUCUGGUUACUAUUCGAGUAUCCAGAGAGUUCGCAAGCCGCCAGAGUUGUAGCCAUAAUUAGUGUAUUUGUUAUACUGCUAUCAAUUGUUAUAUUUUGUCUAGAAACAUUACCCGAAUUUAAGCAUUAUAAGGUGUUCAAUACAACAACAAACGGAACAAAAAUCGAGGAAGACGAGGUGCCUGACAUAACAGAUCCUUUCUUCCUUAUAGAAACAAUAUGUAUUGUAUGGUUUACCUUUGAACUUAGCGUCAGGUUCUUCGCAUGUCCGAAUAAGUUAAAUUUCUGCAGGGAUGUGAUGAAUGUUAUCGAUAUAAUCGCAAUCAUUCCUUACUUUAUUACAUUAGCGACUGUUAUUGCAGAGGAGGAAGACACGUUAAACCUCCCGAAAGCACCUGUUAGCCCACAGGACAAGUCAACGAAUCAGGCUAUGUCCUUGGCUAUUUUACGAGUGAUACGAUUAGUUCGAGUAUUUCGAAUAUUUAAAUUGUCGAGGCACUCGAAAGGCUUGCAAAUUUUAGGACGAACACUUAAAGCCUCAAUGCGAGAACUAGGUUUACUUAUAUUUUUCUUAUUCAUAGGCGUCGUUUUAUUCUCAUCUGCCGUAUAUUUUGCGGAGGCUGGCGCCGAAAUGUCCUUCUUCAAAUCAAUACCAGAUGCAUUUUGGUGGGCUGUGGUCACAAUGACCACAGUUGGAUACGGUGACAUGAGACCGGUCGGCGUUUGGGGAAAAAUUGUGGGAUCACUAUGUGCCAUUGCUGGUGUAUUGACAAUCGCACUUCCAGUACCAGUCAUCGUCAGUAACUUCAAUUACUUUUAUCACAGAGAAACGGAUCAGGAGGAGAUGCAGAGCCAAAACUUCAACCAUGUUACUAGUUGUCCAUACUUACCUGGUACAUUAGGUCAACAUUUAAAAAAAUCAUCACUGUCUGAAUCCUCAUCGGAUAUGAUGGAUUUAGACGAUGGUGUAGAUUCAACGCCGGGACUGACUGAACAUCCUGGACGUCAAGCUCCAUUUUUAGGAGCACAACAGUCGAUUGAUAAACAACAACAAAUCAACCAACAGAAUGGUUUUAAACAGCCUCUUGGGAGUAAUAACUUAACGUUACGGCAUAAUAGUGCAUUAGCAGUCAGUAUCGAAACCGACGUUUGACUACUGG